AUGGCGACCUCUUUACCACCCACGGACUCAGCAUCCUCACCGCGCCUAAGCUCUCAGUCGCAAUCCCUCGACCUACGCAGUCCAGCCUCCUUUGCCGAAUCCUUCGAAAUGGACGAAACAUCUCCCUCAGCAGGCCUCCUUUCCCAAAUGGACGACGCAGAAAAACAAAGCCCUGUAGAUGCUCAGGCGCCAAAGAACGAAGCACACGAAUACACAAUCACCACCAGGACAAAAAUGCUCUGUCUCGGCCUGUACUUUUUGAUGAAUCUGGGCUUGACAUUGUACAACAAGGCUGUCUUGGGCAGAUUCAACUUUCCUUGGUUGUUGACGACUUUUCACACCACCUCUGCGGCGCUGGGAUGCUGGACUAUCAUGCUGGUUGCGCCGGAGCAGUUGAAAUUGAGUUAUGUGGGCAGGCAAGAACAGAUGGUUCUGGUGGCAUUUUCGGUGCUGUUUACCGUCAACAUUGCUAUCAGCAAUGUAUCGCUUACCAUGGUUUCUGUGCCUUUUCAUCAAAUCGUUAGGUCUACUACCCCAGUGGCUACGGUCUUGAUUUAUCGGUGGUUGGGACGCAGUUAUGGCACCAUGACUUAUGUUUCUCUGAUCCCCAUUGUUGCUGGAGUGGGACUAAGCACCUAUGGCGAUUACUACGCUACUUUACUAGGUGCUUCUCUUACUUUCCUGGGCGUCUUUUUGGCUGCACUCAAAACGGUGGCGACGAAUAAGUUACUUACCGGCAGCCUCAAACUCCCAGCUCUGGAACUGCUGCUGCGUAUGUCGCCUCUGGCUGCUGUACAAAGUCUGCUGUGGGCAACUGCGACUGGCGAAGUCUCUGCUUUCCUCAAGUUCACGGCAGAAGGCAAUCUCAGCACUUAUCUCAUUCUCGCAUUGCUAGGAAACGGGUUCUUGGCUUUCUUGCUUAAUGUUACCAGUUUCCAGACCAAUAAGUUGGCUGGAGCACUGACGUUGAGUGUUUGUGGUAAUGUCAAGCAGAUCCUGACGGUUGUCUUGGGGACCGUGUUGUUUGAUGUUGCUGUGGGCACGAUGAAUGCUAUGGGUAUGGUUGUUGCUUUGGGAGGUGCUGCGUGGUAUAGUAAGGUCGAGUUGGAUGUCAGAAGAGCUGGUGCCAGGUCUUAG